UAUUAUCAAUUUAUUGUGCAAACACUUGACCACGUGUUUUCAGACGAGUUAUAAGGUUACAUUUUUGUAUACAAGAAUAAUAUAAAAACAAUCCUAUUAAAAGCGUAAAUUAAUAAAACAAUAAAAAUGUAUCUGAUGUAUUAUUUGAACGAGCAAGGCGAGCGUGUGUACACACUAAAAAAAGUUGAUCCAUCUGGAAAACCAACAGUAACAGCACAUCCUGCUCGAUUUUCACCAGAAGACAAAUAUUCAAGAGAAAGGAUUACAAUGAAACGACGCUUUGGAUUAUUGUUAACUCAACAAAAAAUGCCAGUAUAUUAAAAAGUAUCGUCACAUUAUCAAUUUAAAAUUUUGAAACAUCAAGAAUUAUAACAAAAUUUAUAUUCGCAAUAUUUCUUUGUCGGUAUAUGAAAAUUGUAAUUUUUUUUUUAUAAUCUACUGAUAUGUUUUUUAUAACUUGUUUACAUCUAAAACUAAAUAAAAGUUUUUAAAUGUAUCAAUAA